GCGGAAGCUGUUUCAGUUUGCACUUCCGGAGAGGUUGGAGUUCACUAUGGCGGCUUCUAGAUCUGGGUCAGGAACAGGAAACCGUGACACGUUCAACUGUCCGGAGUCCGUAUCCCCUCACUCUUCGAUGAAGACGAGCACAGGUGAUGUCAUCACCAAAAUCGACCAGCAAAUUAACAUCCUCAAGGAAGGAGCGAAGAGCGAAGGAAGCUGCAGUGACCGGUCUGAACAGCGUGAGUCCACAAAACCGCAGGUCGUCUGUCACCGGUAUCCCUUCGGACCAGAUGACUUUGUUAAUGAUGAAAUGUCUAUACUUGGAAGCAUCGACUUUGUUGCACUGGGAAGGAUCAGAGAUCGUAAUCGCGGUGCUGACUCUGGAUCUGCCAAUAAAGGAUGGAGGUCCCAGCACCAUGGUAGAUGGUCUGGCCAGAAGCACUUUAGAUACCGGAAUGAUUCCUAUCCAGUGCAUGGGAGAGAUGGGCAGAAUGGGGGUUACUGCGCAUACCCAGAAAGUGGGAGUUACCCGCCUCACCAUGGCGUCCAUGACCGUCCUGACUGGCACUUCAAAGGUGGUCAAGGGGCCAGUUUUGAAAGACCCUUCAGCCAAGGAAGUGCCACUAGGCAAGGACCAGACUUUCACAUGGAAUAUAACCCUAACCCUGUGGGUGGGGCCCAGAGGCCUCUCAGCCCUCCGAGGAACCUCGGUGUACAUCCCGUAUCCAUCGGCAGGAAGAAGGCGAACACUAAAUCCAGGAAACGCCAUAAGAAAGCUCUGCAGGCUGCAGCAAGAGCGCAGGCAAAUCAGAACCGCCAUGCCGUAGUGACGGUCAAAAACACGGCUGACUCGACAACUUGGAGGGCCUCCAACACAGGAGCUGAAGGGCAAAGUAAUGAUGCAGCAAGUCACGCUGAGGGGUCCGGUGAAGCUUUAACUUCUGCCUCAGCUUCCAAAUCAUCAGCUGAAGGACAAGCAGUGAAGAUCACAGCCCAGAGGAUGGCUUUUGUAUGUCCCGUGUGCAAGUUCCGCUCAUUCUACAGAAAGAACCUGGAUGCUCAUCUGGCGAGCGAGUUCCACAAGGAUCACUUCAAGUUCCUGUCGGAACGCCUCUCUCAACCGACCGUGGACUUCCUGCAGAGAGGUUUCAGUAGAAAAUACGAGAAGAUUGAGGACUUCAUCAGUCAGAUACCAAACCACCGUGAAGCCAUCUGUCAGGUGUAUGAAGAGCAGGACCUGACUCGAGACCUCAGUAUGGGGAACUUCAUGAGGAGGGCAGAAGCAGCUCACUGUCUGGCGUGCAAUAUAUACAUACCCAUGGAUGUUCGUGUAAUUAAAAAACACCUCAGAUCCAUUGAUCAUAACCACUACUGCCAGGUUAUGAUGGAACAUUCUAAAAAGUUGGGUCUGUCCGUUGCCCAGCACCUCCUCAGGAGCAAAGACAUGCACAGGGCACUGCGGCGCUACCUUAGGGAGCACGGUGUGACGGAUGUUCCUGAAAUGAAUCCAGAAAAGGCGUCGUCAGCAGGGCAAACGGGAGUUCCAGAUGCAGAGGAUGGUAUGAUAAGGCAAGAGACAGAGCCAGUCUGUGACCAGAUGAGCCAAGAUGCAGAGGCGGAAGGAGAUGGGAAUGAUGAAGAGGCGGAGCCAUUCUCUGAACAAGAUACAGAGGCGGAAGGAGCUGGGCAUGAUAAAGAGGUGGAGCUAUUCUGUGAACAGAUGAUCCAAGAUGCAGAGGCGGAAGGAGAUGGGAGUGACGAAGAGGCGGAGCCAUUCAGUGAACAAGAUGCAGAGGCGGAAGGAGACGGGAAUGACGAAGAGGCGGAGCCAUUCUGUGAACAAGAUGCGGAGGCGGAAGGAGAUGGGAGUGACGAAGAGGCGGAGCCAUUCAGUGAACAAGAUGCAGAGGCGGAAGGAGACGGGAAUGACGAAGAGGCGGAGCCAUUCUGUGAACAAGAUGCAGAGGCGGAAGGAGAUGGGAGUGAUGAAGAGGCGGAGGCGGAAGGAGAUGGGAAUGACGAAGAGGCGGAGCCAUUCAGUGAACAAGAGGCAGAAGGAGAUGGGAGUGAUGAAGAGGCAGAGCCAUUCUGUGAACAAGAUACGGAGGCGAAAGGAGAUGGGAGUGACGAAGAGGCGGAGCCAUUCAGUGAACAAGAUGCAGAGGCAGAAGGAGAUGGGAAAGACCAAGAGGCAGAGCUAUUGUCUGUAGGGGUGGUCCCAGCUGCAGAGCAAAUGAGCAGUGAGGCUGUACAAGAGGAAGCUGAAGAACAUGACCCGCCAGAAUCGCUUUUUGACUUGCUGGAUGAGGAGGACGACAUGGAAGGUGUGGAGUUGGGAGAGGAAGAAAUGGAAGAGGAAGACUACGUUUAGGAGGCAAAACCUCGACUCCUGUGACCCUUUAUUAGUCUCUUUGCUAUUCUGUCCAGAUUCUACUGCCUGGAGCAAGUCCAACUCCUGGAUUUUCUGGGACUUUAGUAGAUGUUCUGUAUAGUACUCCACACCUUUUUCUUUUCACUUUACACAAACACUUUCCCACCAACAUAGUCCUGCUGUCCCACCUGGAGCCUUUGAGCACUUUGCUACUGCGAACCCACCAGCGGUUUGUGCUCGGCGUGCACUGUGGUCUAGACCUCAAAACCAGUGACAUCGCUGGCUUGGGGGUGGUGUCCAUUUUAUUAAUGACAUGUCAAACAAGAAGACAGGAGCAGUGCAAAUGGUUUCGAAAAUCAUGAUUAAAAGAAGGUUAAACGGUGGGUUAUGACGAUAGCUGAGUGCUCUGAGCAGGACACAAACAGCCAUUUUAUAGGCAAUAGCAGAAUUAGCAGUGUCUUUGUGUUGCUGAUGGAGUUGUAAAAUAUGGACUUGACAGAAUACUACUUAUAAAUGCCUCAUUGUUUUUUUUUUUCUCCUGUGUAUCAGUAAAUUCAUUCACCUGAGAAGGUAAUAGUUUGAUUUGCAAACUGGUAGAAACUGAUGUGCACUCGUUUUCUUCAAGGUUGGUUCUGUAUGACUGGGCAAAGUCAAGUUUAUCUGUAUCGCACUUUCAACAAUAAACAUUGUCCCAAAGCA